ACUACAGCAUACCACAAGAACAUGAUACUCAAGAACCAGGAAGUAAAGAGACGUCAAAACAACAUAUACUGUAUUUCGAGGCAAAGACAUCGGUUUGAUAGACCCCUAGAAACAACAUUGGAGAAACGUCACACUUGCAACAAUAACCCAUGUUCAGGUUUAAUCGCAAUUGCAUUUUGAGGAAGGAAAUGAGAACAAAAAAAAAAUCAACAACCGACUAAAAGCGUAGCUGGUAUUCCGCGGUCUCUUAACUGGAAUAAGUAACUAACAACCGAUCUGUUUAUUGUCAUCGUAUAUGUCAUUUUGUGACGUAGGUGUUUACAAUAGCAGUAUAUAUAAAACAAAUGUCGUUUACAACAUCGAGCUGCAUAGACGAGUCACGUGCUAUUUUACACACAUUUUGCUCUCGCUAUUUUUGUUUUUUUUUAUGCUAUUGCAGCUGUACCUGACUGGGCAUUUUACAGUUACCUACUAACUACAAAGUAUUGAAGUACUUUUUUUUAUUCUUAUUUGGGGGUGGCUAUUCUGUGCAAUUGCCUGCCUGUGUGUUUUCUUCCUGUAAAUUAGGUUUCCUUUUAGUAAAAGUGAAACUUAAAACUACACGGUGCUGCGAGGGAGAAAGAUAAAUUCCUCAUUGCACAGGCAACCUGCACGCAUCACCAAGGGCCUGUGACAACAAUGGACAAGCGGCAUUUGUUAAGUGAUCAAGAUGAUGAUCCUCAGUUUCCUGGUCCUGGAAAUGCAGUGCAUUUUCUCUUUUUUACUCUCAAAAAUAGGUUUCUGGCUAACGACUGCCAAGGACAACACUGCAUUGAAUGUACCAGAAACUCAUUUGUGGGGGGCACGCCCGCACCUGACCUGCCUCAGGGUGGAGGAGCAUCAGCGCCCCCUGGUGAGAUGAUGCACAAUGUGCCUGGCUAUGAAGGAACAGGCUCUGGAGGUGAUGAAGGAAAAUGUGUUCCUCCACCAAACCCUGGUUUGGCCAGCCCAGGAAGAGGGCCUCCACCUCCUGAGAGACAAUGGGAGAUUCCUUCUGUCAGUGAAGACUUUGCUAAAGAUGCCUUCAUCGAGUAUGCUUCCAGUAAGUGCUGUUACAGCUCUCGUCCUGCCAAAGAGUUGGUGUUCACAGACCUUCAAGCACACAAUACAUACAGGUAUCGCCUGGAGACCUUCGUUGAGUCCAGAAAAACAGAGUGGGACAGUGUGCCUUAUACAGGUCAGGUGGUGGACUCGUAUGGAUCAUGUGUUCCUGCCCCAUGGGACAUUGCUGUUCAGGUCCCGGCUAUGUUUCGGAAUGGAAAACGAGCCGUCCAAGUUCCUCACACCUCCUCUGUCAAGGGAUGUCACAACUGUUUGGCGUUGGGUAAAUCUGCUUGCCAGAAAUGUAUAGCAAGUGGAUGGAUGCAGUGCUGGGUGUGUAAUGGCUCUGGCAGACGCAUGUCUGAUGACAGAUGCUCCCACUGCAACGGCAUGGGACGUGUCAGAUGUACCGAAUGUUCAGGAAGUGGUUCAAAAACAUGUCAUACCUGUAAGGGAAAAGGACAGCUUCUGUUCUUCAUUAAUCUCAUUGUGGAAUGGAAGAACCACAUAUACGAAUUUGUACCAGACAAGCAGUCUGGAUUCCCUGUUGAUCGGGUCAGCAAGGUGACUGGGGAGCUGCUUUUUACUGACACACAGUAUAUGGUGUAUCCCGUUGUUAGUUUCCCUGACAACGCAAUUAACCAAGCCUCUCAGACGGCAGUGAGAGAACACCAGGCACAGUUUGUUACAACUUCCCGAAUUCUCCAGCAGAGGCAAACCAUUGAACUGAUUCCUGUCACACGUGUCCACUACACCUGGAAAGAGAAGACCUACAUCUACUUUGUCUAUGGAGCGGAGCAUAAAGUCUACACAGAUGACUACCCAGCAAAGUGUUGCUGUUGCACAAUAAUAUAGUUAUGUUAUUGUACACUUUUCUUGGGUCAAAUGCAUUGGAGAUACAUUAUCCCAUUAAUAUAUGUUGACAGAAAUGAGCAGAAACGAAUCUAUAUACACUUCUUUUUAUAGUAUAGCUUGAUCACUGUAAUAUCAAAGCUGCAUGGUCACACAUUCCAGUUCAACUUUAAACUAAAAUGCAAAUCAUCAUCUACUGUUUUUCUAUUUGUGAUUUCUAUAAUUGUUGUAUUCACAGGCUUUUAUUUUGUUUGCUUUUAUAAAAGUUACCAAACGUACCCCAAAGAAUUUUCUUGCCUAUGGGAUGACCACAGUUUAUGUAAGAAAAGCACCUUGUUCAGUAUAUGUGUAAUAGGAUCACAAUAUGCUACUACACUGUAUUGCAUUAUAACAAUUUGAUAUUUUACAUGCAUAAAAAUUGCUGUGUAUUUUCA